AUGCCAGGCGUUGCCCUCCCCGCCCGCCCGUGCACGCCGCUGCUCCUGCAAGCCUCCGGAGCCGAGCGCUCGGGACGCGCCCCUCCGUCCUUGUGCGGGUCGCGCGGCUGCGGGCGCGUCGCGCACCGUGCAGUUAGUAACGCCCGGGUGCGGGCGGGGAAGGCCUCUCCCCCCGGCGGGACCGCGCCCCGCCCGGCCCUCGCUGUUUCCCCAGCGGGACGCCACCCUCCCCGCGAAACGGGGAAUUGCGGAUCAGCACCGCUUAGAGAUGUGUGGACAGGGCCUCGGAUUGUAGGAGGCACGGAAGCACAAGCCGGGGCCUGGCCGUGGAUAGUUAGCCUGCAGGUUGAGCACGGCCGUGCUCUGGUGCACGUGUGUGGAGGAAGCCUAGUGAGAGACAGGUGGGUCCUCACAGCUGCCCACUGCGUGAAAAACACUAGAGACCCUUUAAAGUGGAGAGCUGUGAUUGGAACCAAUAAUCUACACAGGAGGUAUUCCCAUGCCAGGAAGAUAAAAAUUACAGCAAUCAUUAUCCAUCCAGACUUCAUUUUCGAAAAUUACGUGAAUGAUAUCGCACUCUUCUAUUUAAAAAAAGCCGUGACGUAUAAUGACUAUAUUCAGCCUAUUUGUCUGCCUUUUGAUGUUUUCCAAAAACUGAAUGAAAACACAGCGUGUUUUAUAAGUGGCUGGGGGAGAACAAAAGAAGAAGGCAAUGGCACACACCUUUUACAAGAGGCAGAAGUGCAUUAUAUUUCUCGGCAGAUUUGUAACUCUGACCAGGGCUAUGCGGGAGUGAUUCCUAAGACUUCAUUUUGUGCAGGCGAUGAAAAUGGAGACUUCGAUACUUGCAGGGGUGAUAGUGGUGGACCAUUAAUGUGCUACUUACCAGAGUAUCAACGUUUUUUUGUUAUGGGAAUUACCAGUUACGGACAUGGCUGUGGUCGAAGGUAUUUUCCUGGGAUCUACUGUGGCCCAUCGUUCUACCAGGAGUGGCUGACAGAUCAUUUCUCCAAGGCAAGAGCUAAAGGCAUAUUUGAUACAGAUAUUUUACUUGGCCAGAUCCUCUUAGCUUUAGGUUCUGUCAUCUUACUAGAAGCAACAUAAAGGACUUCUGAAGACUUGUUGCUUUAUUUUGUAUUGUGUCCUCUUUUAUAUUAUACAGAAUGAAACUAUUUCUUCUUCUUUUUUUUAAGCUAUUUAUUCUUUUGGCAAUUAAUUACUCACUUUAGAGUUCCCCAAAAAAGCAUUUUUUUGAGGGAAAAAAGGAUUGUGAUAUAUUGGAUGUACAGUUGUCAGUCUGGCACCAAAUCACAUUCUUGGUAGAACUUGCUUUACUUUAUAAUCAUAAUUUUGUAUUUGGAAUACUUUCCUAAGGUUGUAUAAAAUAUUCAUUAAAUACGUACUUUGGGUGUAUGAAUAUCAAAUAAUAAAGAGUUUAUAAUUAAAAUGAAA